AUGCAGGGUGUGCGGAUUGGACUCAGCAAUGCCAGUGCUGCUGCAGCCCACGAAACUCGGGCUCAAGAAUCGGCCUUCGUCAUUUCAUCCCAAACUACGCAAACUUCCGCAGCUGUCAAAGGUUCUGAGAACAAACGCCAUCAGCUUGAGACAAUGGAGCAUAUAGGCGAGACCAGUGAUCGUAACACGUCAAACUUGGGAUGGGAUAGGGCUGUCUGCUUCACCAAGUCCUCUGCAAAUACCAUCAUUCGCUACCAAGAUGCUUCGCAAACUUUGAAAGGAACCACUGCAACCAGUCUUCAGCGUAGCCAGGCCAUGGAUGACAGAAUUGUGAGCAGUGAAAUUCUCAAAGUUCAUCAUGCCCCGGAAGACAAUACUGUGGCAGCCUUGUCUAGUGAAGUCGCAUCCAUUCCUUCAUUUACAGAGUUUACCCUAUUUCCUGAACUCCCAGUUGAGCUUCGGUUAUCAGUUAGGUCCCUCGCCGUCAAUAACUUGCCGGGUCAUGUAUAUGAAAUUAGGCGCAAGAUACAUGAGGUCUCCUCAGAUUCAUACUCGACUGCCUCCCAAACCCCCAGCGAAUAUUAUAUCUAUGACAACAAUCCUCAGCGCGGAAUUGAAUCUGUUUGUCGCGAAGCCCGCACGGCAUUUCCCGAAUUACGCACAUUGAUCUUCAAAGGAGACGCAGCAAAUGUUAGUGGUAAAAAUGGCCGAGUAAAUCUUGAAAAUGACACUCUCUUCUUCGGCACGGCGAUUGGCUUUCAGGAGCUAGAACAGAUAACUUUCGAGAUGGGUAUUGAUACUAGUGAGAAGGUUCGACACAUUUGUAGAAUGCAAUGGUCUGACUUUUUCUUCUGGAAUUUCAAUGACAAACAUUCCGACAAUACCGCUCAUUGGCCGGAUGAUGGAUCGACGAUUCUUCAGUAUUUUACAAGGUUAGAGCGAAUUGGCCUAACUUUAGCGGGGACGGUCAGAUACGCAGACAACCAUGAAAGGUAUGGAUGGAAGCAGAACCUUGUGGAAGUGGAGGAAGGACUGAACACAUGGGAUGAAGCGGUCCUUAAAAUGACACGAGAAACUCUGUGGGAUGACUGGAAAGACUACCAAUAUCGGUGUGCGCGCACACAUGGGUGUGUUGACAAAAGUCAAACGUUUCCUCGGGUUACAAGCAUGCAGUACACACGAUUCUAUUAG